UCGAGUAGAGAGGGAGACGGCUUUCGUAGCGCUCCUUGGCGCCCCCCCCGACCUCGAAGAAGACCCCUGAAGCGCAAAGAUGGUCCUCUCUGACGACGAGCUCGCGCAGAUCACCGCGCUCAUCUCGGACUCGGGCGACGACGCCGUCGGGGCGAGCUCGGACGUGCACUGGCUCCUGUACUGCGGCGUCCUCGUCUUUCUGAUGCAGGCGGGUUUCGCCAUGCUCUGCGCCGGGUCCAUCCGCGCGAAGAAUGCGCAGAACAUCCUGCUCAAGAACCUCAUGGACGCGUGCGUCGGCGCGACGUGGUUCUGGGCGACGGGCUACGCGUUCGCGUACGGGUCCGACUCGUCCGGCGGCAACUGGUUCAUCGGCGGGAACAAGUACUUCUUCCUCUCCAACGGCUACGAGGGCGACAGCGGCUUCCACGACUGGUUCUUCCAGUUCGCCUUCGCGGCGACGGCGGCGACGAUCGUCUCCGGCGCCGUCGCGGAGCGGUGCUCCAUGGGCGCGUACGCGGGCUACAGCGCGGUCCUCACGGGCUUCGUCUACCCCGUGGUCGUCCACUGGAUCUGGAGCGGCGACGGCUUCCUCACGGCCUUCGUGCCCGAGGGCAAGACGGCCUGGCUCAAGGUCGGCGUCGUCGACUUCGCGGGCUGCGGCGUCGUCCACAUGGUCGGCGGCGCGGCCGCGGGCAUCGGCGCGGCGAUCCUCGGGCCGCGCCUCGGCCGCUUCGGCCCGAACGCGAAGCCCAUCAACGGCCACUCCAUGCCCCUGGUGGUCCUGGGCACGUUCCUCCUCUGGGUCGGGUGGUACGGCUUCAACCCGGGGUCGACGCUCUGCAUCGUCGGCUGCGACGCCGUCGCGGCCAAGGUCGCGGUGACGACGACGCUCGCGGCGGCCGCCGGCGGCCUCACGAACCUCUUCCUCCACUACGCGCUCUCCCACGUCUACGACGUCGGCGAGAUGUGCAACGGCGUCCUCGCGGGGCUCGUGUCCAUCACGUCCGCGUGCGCGGUCGUCGAGCCCUGGGCCGCGGUCGUCAUCGGCUUCGUCGGCGCGUUCGUCUACACGGGGGGCAGCUUCCUCCUCGUGAAGCUCGAGAUCGACGACGCGGUCAACGCGACGCCCGUGCACUACUUCGCGGGCGCGUGGGGCCUGCUCGCGCCCGCGCUCUUCGCGCGGCCCUACAACAUGCGCGCGGCCUACGGCAACGCGGACCGCGCGGGCCUCUUCUACACGGGCGACGGCUCCAUGCUCGCCUGCCAGGUCGUCGCGCUGCUCCUCAUCACGGCCUGGGUCGCGGCGACGAUGACGCCCUUCUUCCUCUUGAUGAACGCGCUGGGCAUCUUCCGCGUGUCGCGCGAGUUCGAGGAGGCCGGCCUCGACGAGUCGAAGCACGGCGGCAGCGCCUACGGCAUCGAUUUCAAGGAAUUCAAGGAGGUCGAGAUGCAGAUCAAGACCGAGCUCGAGGCUUGACGGUCGUGAUCCCCCCUCCCCGCCCCGCUCCUCAAUCGAAACCCCCCCGCGUUCAGCGCGAGGAAGCUAUGCCCCGAAAAAGCGGACGCGCGCCGAUCGAAGAUCCUCCGUGCUCGACCACAGGAAGCCCCCUCCCCCAACGCGCCGACGCGCGUCGACUUGCCUGCUCCCCCUGCGCGGAGGUGAAAGUCCUUUUCACGUGAAAGUGGAGAGGCAGCACUCCUCCAAUUGUACUUCGUACUUGUCACCCUAAGUCUCUCAAG